UUGUCGUUUACAUGUCAAUUAAAAUCAGUUUUAUAUCAGGACCUUUCGAAUACAAAUUUGUAUCAUCAUGCAGGAAAUCGAAUGUUAGAGUUGUUAGAAAAGUAUUUGCCAUAUCUCAAACCAGCAGCGCUUUUAAUAUUUGCCCAGGGACUCAUUUGUGGAAAAUCUCUGCUCGAGGGUAAAGAAUAUGAGCAUAUGAAAUGUGGGAUUCUUUUCUAACUGAACGAAUGAUAAAAAUGAUCAACAAAUAUACGUAUGAUUGUUUUCAUUAAAACGAGUUUCAAACUUUACAAGCGUUUUUUUUCAGUUUUCACACAUGGGACUCAUUAGCGAAUAGGGGCAGUAUAAACAUCGUCACUACUGUAGCUGCUAAUUUAUUACAUAGACGGAAGGUCAGGGUCGGAGCGGUUUGUCACGAUACCUCAUAGCACAUAUUCAAUCUCUAUAUAAUAAGUAGGUACCUACAUUAGGAGAACAGUGUGUCAACUUGACCGUAUAUAAUUUUUCAUUCAGAACAAAAUUUAUUAUGCUUUUUCUGAGAAAUAGUUUUUUCCGUUCCUUUAUUUCUACUCUUUUUUGUAUUCUUUUUAGAACAUGAUAUUGACAUCUUUGUAAGUUCGAUUUCUUUUAUGAUUAGAUAUAACAAAGUGAUAAGUUGAUAACUCAAUCUAAUCUAAAGAUGCUGAUUCGACUCAUUUUUUGCCACAACUACACCGCUACUAUAUAUAUGUUUCAAUCGAGCUCUGAUCAUUCUCGCAUACAUACGGUAAAAUCACAGACGUUUAGAGCGUCAUUGACAUUGUAUGACCAUCACUAUCCGGUUAGCGUCGGACGUUCACGAGAAAUUUGGAAUAUAUGUAAAACAAAACUUAACCGGCAGUUGAAAUUGAAACCCGCAAGAUAAUUAAAAAUACAAAUCACGUAAUACGGUAGUGAAUAAACUGAAUAAGCAAUUUGUUAACUUAUACGCAACAAAAAGUUGACAAAAGCCAUAUAGAUUGGGAACAUAUGAAUCAGCUUUCGUACUGCUGUAGGUUAUGUGUUAUUACAUUUUAUUCAAAAUUAACAAUUAAAUUCAAAGAUAAAAAAUAUUUUUAAAUGUUAACCUAGAAAAGUUUAAUGCAGUCAUUUAACCUAUAAAAGUUUAAUGCAGUCAAUAAACGAUAUAAACCAUUAAAAUAAAGAAAAAUUUUUCAUAAUAACAUUGCUUAGGAAUGAAUAAGCUCAAUAGGUCCCGCAAAUAAUCAUAUCUAACAAAACUGAACCUGCCAUAUGUUUUUCAGCAACGCAAGCGUGGACAAUCUUCACAAGGAAAGCACAUUGCGUAGCGCUUCCACGGAAACUGAUACGUUGAAAAAACAGGUGGCGACACUGAAGCGUUCGCACGACAAUACUGUAACAGAAAAUGGCCGUCUUGCAAACGAAUUAAGCGAUGCAGCUUCUGAGUUAACUCUAACAAGGCGUAAACUGGCAGAUUGCCAACAGGAAGUAGAACGGAUGAAAUCUCAACUACGCGACUAUGUUCAGGAAAUUCAACGAGCUGAAGACUUGUUGUGUGUAAAGGAGCGUGAACGUGAAAACAUACUCGAACAAUAUAAAUCACUUACUGAAGGAGUUAAUAUGUUGGAAAUCAGCAAUCAUACACUAGAAGCUGAAAGUGCCGAAGCAAAAAAACUACUGCAAGAGGCAGAAGAUCGCCUAGCUGAGGCCCAGGAGCAACUGGAAAUCCGCGAAACAACUAUUAAAUCUUACGAACGGCAAAUUAAUGAACUUUCUUCAAACGUUGUUUCCCUCGAAUCGGAAAUCGAAAGCCUCAGGGAUCAGAAUAAUAAUUUGCUAGAAGAUUUAGAAGCCACCAAGGAGUUGUGUAGCAAACUGGAUUUACAGAAAGAUAAACUAAAAGCCGAACUUGAUGAGCAUUCUCAGAUCCGUGAACAACUUAACAAAGAGAAUGCUACUCUUAAACGGCAACUUUCGUUGGCUAAGACGGGUGACAAGGCUGCUGUCGACGGACUACAAGAACUUUUGGCAGGAAGCAGGUCUGAAGUUGAGCAGCAAAGAAUUGUUACCAGUCAGUUGAACAGAGAAUUAAAAACCCUAAAAGAGCAAGUAGAAGAUUUGUCAACCAAACUUGACGAAGAACAUGGUAGAGCUGCACGCAAUGAAGCGUUAGCAAACGAAUAUAGCGUUCAGCUACAGGAACUACGGAGAAUUAUUACUGACGAUCGAUUUGCUCAGGUACAUUCAAGAGAAGAGGAGCAAGAUUAUAACAGAAUUGCGAUGUACAUGGAACAUUGUGCAACCGAAGAAACUAGUUACAAUAAAAGUUUGACCGAAAGAAACCUCAACGAUAUUUCGAAUCUUCAAUCAUCCGAAAGCCAUGGAGCGUUUCAUAAUGCUUCAAAUAUAACGAUGGGCAAUGAGAUUACAACAUUUGAGCAAAAAAACUACUCCUUGGAAAAGUAUCUGAUUUGUAAAGACAUGACCGAAGGAAUGUUUUUAGAAGAAAAUGAACAGAGUUCCGUAAUAGAUACUGAAAAAUAUUCUGAAACAAGUGGAUUAAAAAUAAACGAAUCGUGUACUUUCUCAGAUGAACUGGAAGCACCGAAUGUGCCUUACCCGGAAGUAAAAACAUCAAUAAAUGGAAAGAGAAUGAAAACCCGAAGAAUGAGCUCUAAGCAAGAGACUUCAAGUUUACAAUCCUCGAGCUCUGAAGAAAACAAAGACGUGCGUUUCAAGAAAAGAAUUGAAGUUAAUAUAGGGAAUCGAGCUUCUGAAGAUAGCACAAAUCAACAAGAUUCUAUUUUGCGUACCGGAAACGGUUCGAAGAAUGAACGCGUUUAUUCAGCAGAAGCGCUUCUUACUGAUGGUGAUAGAAUUCUUGAUGUUACUCAAGAUGUAAAAACCUUAUUGGGGGGUAAUGCCAAUGGUUCUAGCAACAGCUUUUAUUCAACCGAUUCGCAACUGCGGGUAGCAUUUAACAAAAUAAUGGAAGGUUCUAAUAAUGAUGCUAAGCAAACAUCGUUAAACGAGCAAUCCAUUCCUAUAAUUAAAGGCAGUAUACCUAUGAUCAGUGGUAUACCUUCGAAUCAGAUAUCUCACCGCAGAGAUCAAAAAGAAAACGAAGUGCGCCACAAGAAGGCAUUCGGUAAGAACAGAAAUUUAUCUAUUGAAGAUAACAUCAACGAUCAAGAUUCAUAUCGACGUACCGAAGAAGGUUCGGAGAUUGGAUGCAUUCGUUCAUCAAAAUUACAUCAAAAUGAUGGUGACAGUAAUUCUGACGUUACUCAAGAUGAACAUAACUCAUCACUGGAUGAUAAUAAUGACCCCAAGCAAUGUUCAAUCAAUAUGCGGCCUCAGCAAGCGACAGAAGAAAUAUUAGAGGAAAUUCAUAUUGGUCCUGAUGUUUUGGAGAUAACUCCAAUGCAUGAGCAAACUAUUGCAGUAUCGGAAGACGUUACCCCUAUUAGUCAGGUACCGCAACCGAAAAACCAUACAGUUAAUGAUGAUCUGCGUUCCAAGAAGCCGGUCAAAGACGAUGAAGAUAAUCGAGUUCUUGAGAAUGGCAGCAAUCAAGUUUUAACUCUUCGUAACGUAAGUUAUUCGGAAAAUGGAUCUAUUCGUUCAGCUGAAAUACUCCAAACUGACUGUAUCCUGAACACAACUCGAGAUUUGAGUAACUCUCAACUGAAUAAUGUUAUAGAAUCCAACUAUUCCUGUUCAAUCGACAUGCGGCUUCAACGGGCUACAGAAAUGAUAUUGAGACAACUUAACACUGAUUCUGAUAACAUGAAGAGCAUCUCACGGCAUGAGCAAUCCAUUCCAAUGCUAGAAGAUAGGAUGUUUUCAAGCCGAAUAUCCACACCAAACGAUAGUACAGCACAAGCUUCACAGCGAUCUGUGCAGCAAGUAGAUAAUGGUAAACCACUUCAGCGGAAGAGAAAAGAAAACGAUCACCCAUCCGGAACCACUGCUGACAAAAUUGAUGAACAUAGGUCAAUGAUAGUCAUUUAUAAAAAUACACUAGGCGGCCGGUUUAACGUACCAGACAAUGAAUCCGAGUUUGAUUGGCCGGGGAAGGAGGACAGUAUCAGUAAUUGUCGAUCCACCCUCCCGGCGACAAUUGAUGAUUUCCAACGGUUUAAAACGCCAAUUAGGACACUAGAUGCAGGCAUGAGCCAAGUUUCAUCCUAUUUCCCCGAGAAAUCCUGGCACCCUAGGAGGGUUUCGAAAAAUGGUGUACCUUCUGCAAUCGGCACUAAUGAGAGUAGCACCAUUGACGUAAAAAGCAGGUUGUGUAAAGAACGAAAGUGGAGACAGUUUCUGAGGCUGAUUCCGUCCCCGGCAAUGGCAUCACAGCACGACGAUAGGCAGAAGCAGAGUAAGAAAGCCCCCCACCCACUGGUUCAAUCACUCGGUGUUAACGAUAGGAUAACGACGAUGAAUUAUUCUGGAAAGCUAAAAAAUGGCAAAAGAACGACCACAAAUGCGAAUUCUUCGUCUGGAAGUCAAUGCAAUAAUUUCAAAACUGAUGGAACCAAGAUACGAACAAUCUCCGCCAAAAUUGACAACGGACCAUACAUCUUAAAACUAAAUUUCAAAAUUCCUUCUGCAAAGCAAAACCAGCAAGUCAAAAAACAGUGAUAUUUUAUUCUGUCAUAUAUUAUUUACAAUAUUCUUCAAGGUGAACAAGC